ACAGCACACAGAUUCAACAUCUGUGCACUCGUUUUUACUAACUGCUGUUUUUCAAUUUAAAAUCUGAUCAUCUUCUUCCUUGUUGGCAAAGGUGCCUUGGAAUUUGUGUCGCUGAGUCAGCAACCCUUUCAGAUUUGCCUGGUUUUUGUUGUUUGCGAUUUAUAUCAAGAUGGGAACUCAAACAAGUCAUUCCUCCUAAAGAUCUGCUGUCUCCAUCAAGAAGAGACAGUUUGUGCCAGCUCUCCAGAGAGAAAAGGUCUGCCAGAGGCGCUGGGCGAUGAACCGAAGACUCCAGGCCAGAGUGGUCUGAGCCAUUCGAGAAAGCAGAGAGAGUCCUGGGGAAGAUGGCCAUGGCCCCCAGCCCUUCCCUGGCGCAGGUAUACACCAGCCCUGUGGCAGUGGCCGUGUGGGAAUGGCAGGACGCGCUGGGCAUCUGGCACCCCUACAGCGCCACUGUCUGCAGCUACAUCGAGCAGCAGUUUGUCCAGCAGAAGGGCCAGCGCUUUGGGUUCGGGAGCUUGGCCCACAGCAUCCCCUUAGGCCAGGCUGACCCCUCACUGGCCCCGUACAUCAUCGACCUGCCCAGCUGGACCCAGUUUCGCCAGGACACUGGCACCAUGCGGGCUGUGCGGAGGCACUUGUUCCCCCAGCACUCCGCCCCCGGCCGGGGAAUCAUCUGGGAGUGGCUGAGUGAUGAUGGCACCUGGACUGCCUAUGAAGCCAGCAUCUGUGAUUAUCUGGAGCAGCAAGUGGCCAGGGGCAACCAGCUUGUGGACUUGGCUCCCCUGGGGUACAACUACACCGUUAACUACGCCACACAAACGCAAACCAACAAGACUUCCAGCUUCUGCCGUAGCGUGCGGCGCCAGACAGGGCCCCCUUACCCAGUGACCACCGUCAUCGCUCCACCAGGCCACACGGGAGUUGCCUGCUCUUGCCACCAGUGCCUCAGCGGCAGUGGAACUGGCCCUGUGUCUGGCCGCUACCGCCACUCCAUGACCAACCUCCCUGCGUACCCUGUCCCUCAGCACCCCCACAGGACUGCUGUUGUUUAUGGGGCCCACCAGGCCUUUGCCCCAUACAACAAACCUUCCCUCUCUGGGGCUAGGUCUGCACCCAGGCUGAAUACCACCAACCCCUGGGGUGGGGCCCCUCCCACCUUGGGGAGCCAGCCCCUCUACCGCUCCAGCUUCUCCCAUCUGGGACUGCAGUACCUGCCCCCAGGACCAUCCACUUCCAGUGCAGCCAGUGCCUCCCUCCCCAGCGGUCCCUCCAGCAGCCCCGGGAGCAUCCCUGCCACUGUGCCUGUGCAGAUGCCAAAGCCCAGCAGGGUCCAGCAAGCGCUCGCAGGCAUGACGAGUAUUCUGAUGUCAGCCAUUGGACUCCCUGUGUGUCUUAGCCGCGCACCCCAGCCCGCCAGCCCUCCCGCCUCCUGUCUGGCCUCUAAAAGUCACAACUCAGUUAAGAGAUUGAGGAAAAUGUCCAUGAAAGGAGGCUCUCCAAAGCCAGAGCCAGAGCAGGUGAUAAAAAACUACACUGAAGAGCUAAAAACACCCCCGGAUGAGGACUGCAUCAUCUGUAUGGAGAAGCUGUCCAUGGUAUCUGGAUACAGUGACGUGACUGAUAGCAAGGCCAUCGGGCCCACGGCUGUGGGCCGCCUUACCAAGUGCAGCCAUGCCUUCCACCUGCUGUGCCUACUGGCCAUGUACUGCAAUGGCAACAAGGAUGGAAGCUUGCAGUGUCCUUCCUGCAAAACCAUCUACGGAGAGAAAACUGGGACCCAGCCCCAGGGGAAGAUGGAGGUGAUGAGGUUCCAGAUGUCACUCCCAGGCCAUGAGGACUGCGGGACAAUACUUAUCAUUUACAACAUUCCUCACGGCAUCCAGGGCCCCGAGCACCCCAACCCUGGAAAGCCUUUCACCGCCAGAGGGUUUCCCCGCCAGUGCUACCUUCCGGACAACGCCCAGGGCCGCAAGGUCCUGGAGCUCCUGAAGGUGGCCUGGAAGAGGCGCCUCAUCUUCACCGUCGGGACGUCCAGCACCACGGGCGAGACCGACACGGUGGUGUGGAACGAGAUCCACCACAAGACAGAGAUGGACCGCAACGUGACAGGCCACGGCUACCCCGACCCCAACUACCUGCACAACGUGUUGGCUGAGCUGGCCGCCCAGGGGGUGACUGAAGACUGCUUGGAGCAACAGUGACCUGCCAGCCUCCCACACCUGCCUCUGGUGGCCGCCCACCCCCCUUGCUGGGUGGGCAGGCAGGAAGGUGCCCGUCCUGAGAGGCUGGAAUGUUUGUUGGGGUGCAGGGCGGGGUGUGCGCCACCUGAAGCCAGGGCCUCUCUCGCCUGCCCCCUGCCUUCCCUCAGCACAGACCUGCACGGGAAUUGGGCACGUAUCGGCGUGGGAAUCGGGUGGCCCUGGGGAGUUGUACUCAUGGGGGCUUAAGAUGCAGCUACCUCAGUGCACAGGGCCCUUCUGUCCUCCAGGGAGCUGCUUUGGGCCCACAGGACCCAGGGCCUGGCAUGGGGCAAGUGGAGACUGCCCCAGCCUGGGCAGACAUGGGUUCUGGAUCAGCUUCUCAUACCUCAGAUUUUGUUUGCAAUAAAUAAAUAUAGCCAAA